GACGUUUCUUUCCUCCCCCCGUCCUCUCGCCGGCCCGACUCUCCGCGCUGAUUGGCCAGAGCCUUGGCACGUGCCGUCACGGCGGGCGGGCGGGCUGGUAGUUGCGCCGCGGGCGAGCGCCGGGCGGCUGAGGGGGAGCGCGGCGCCGACAUUCAGCAUGGGGUUGCUUACCAACCUCGCUCGAGGCCUGGUCCGAGGUGCGGACAGAAUGGCUGAAUUUACCAGCAAACGUGGACCCAGGAGCCAUAACAAAGGCAGAGGAGCCAGGAAAUUGGGUUAUGUCACCUUAGGUGGGAAAUUUAUCAAAAUUAAGGAAAUGGUCCCUGAAUUUGUGGUUCCGGAUUUGACAGGGUUUAAGCUCAAACCGUAUGUUUCCUAUAAGACUCCUAAAGGGACAGAACCACCACUGACGGCCAAACAGCUUUUCAUGGAAGUUGUUGCCCCACAGAUUGAGAAGGAUAUUAAAGAAGGAACUUUUGACCCCAAUAACCUUGAGAAAUAUGGAUAUGAACCUACUCAAGAAGGCAAGCUCUUCCAGUUGUUUCCCAAGAACUAUGUGCGUUAAGAACCAAAGAAUAUUAUAGCUUUCCCUUGAAAAUAUCUGCAGCAACUAAUCCGUAGGAAAUUUUAAAAAAAUGUUGUUUUUAAAUCUGAUAAAAUGUUGAAUAUGGAGAUUUCAGCUAGAGAGGGAAACACAUCCUGCCCUUUUUCAGUACCUAUUAAAAGAAAAUCCUACUGA